AUGUUUAACAUUAUAAAUUGUGAAAUGCCCGAUUGCCGAUACGUCUUUCGCAAGUUUGCCGGUAUUGGCGCUACGUGGCUAAGGCAUGUCCAUCCGUAUGACGUCCUCUUUGGCGGCAAGGACGACAAGAAACGAGCUGGAUGGUCCAUAAAGGCUGUGGACAAUUAUAUUGAGAGGUCCAAAGCAGCUCCUCUCAGUGUAUCGAUUAGUUGCGGCUGCGAUAACAUAACAGAGGACGUUGAGCCGAAUCGCGACGCCGUGGAGCGCAUUCUGAAGAAAUUACUCGAUCACCAGCAUCGAUGGAGACAAGCUUAUUUCACUUUCAGCCGUUGGGGAACAAGCAGGCCACCGAAAAUCGAGCUCCUUGACGUACCCAUUUUGGAGACAUUCUCCAUUUAUUGGAUGUCAGGGGCUCUUUCUCAUGCGAGACAAGUAUAUAUUGAUACUUCGCGUUCUGCGAAGCUCAGGUCUCUACACAUUGGUGGUCGUCCUCAUAUUGAAUCCAGGGACGGGAAUUUAUCUAGCGUGACAGAGGUGACUUGCCUCGAUAAUCCUAUAUACCGACGCAGGAGAGUACCUCUCCUGGAAGUUAUCCAACAAGCACCGAAUUUGGAAUCCCUCAAGUUCUUCUGUGACUCGUCAGAAAGGGAUGGAAAUUUGCAGUAUCCUCUGACGUCACUAUGUAAACUUCGAACUCUUGAGGUCGACAACUCUAUAAAUUCUGCGUUUAUGAUCAGUAAACUGAUUUUACCGAUACUGAGUCACUUAAUUUGCCACUGGGCCAACAGUGGCUGUCGUGUCAAAAAGCUUCCAGACAUAUUUCGAACGCCGCUACCUUCUGUGGAAUACCUGGAUCUCGUUGAACUCUCGGAGGUUGACGACAGACUCACCCCCUUUAUUCGACUCCUCCCCAACUUGAAAUCUCUUCGUAUGAUAGGUAUCGGUAUUACACCGAGUUUCUUCGACGUGCUGUCCGUAAACGAAACACCUAUCAAUUAUUUUCAGCCUCGGAAGUCUUGCAGAGCUUUACCUCGAAAAUCAUCGUUAUAUUUGGAGUGA